CUAACGUUGAUUGUUUAUUGUUGCUUUCACCAUAGCAAUUGAAACGUUUUCAGAUUAUCUACAAUGAUCAUGCAAUAGAUUUUUCAUUCAGAGUAAUGCUGCAGUUGAUGGUGAAACUCUGGAAGAUGUGGAAUCCUUCAUAUACCUGGGAAGCAUCAUCGAUGAACAAAGAGGAUUCGAUGCAGACGUAAAUGUGAGGAUCGGCAAAGAAAGGGCCGCAUUCCUGCUGUUGAAAAACAUAUAGAACUCAAAACAACUGUCUGUAAGCCAAUAUCAAAGUCACAAUCUUCAAUACGAACGUCAACACAGUUCUACUAUACGGAGCUCAAACUUCGAGAACUACUACAACCAUCAACAAAAACGUACAAGUAUUUAUAAAUAGUUGUCUAUGCAAGAUACUCAACAUACAUUGACCGGAUGCCAUCAGCAACAGCCUUUUGUGGGAGAGAACAAACCAGCUUCCAGAUGAAGAAGAAAUUAGGAAAAGACGUUGGAAGUGGAUAGGACAUACAUUUUGGAAAUCAUCAAACUGCAUCACGGGGCAAGCGUUAACUUGGAGUUCUGAAGGGAAGUGGAAAAGAGGAAGGUCAAAGAACACAUUACGUUGGGAAAUAUAAACAGAUAUGAAUAACAACUGGAAAGAACUGGGAAGGAUUGCCCAGGACAGGUUUAGAUGGAGAGUGCUUGUCGGUGGCCUAUGCUCCUCCACGUGGAGUAACAGGCGUAAGUAAGUAAAUAAUCUAAUACAAAUUAUAAAAGAUCAUUCUCCAUUAGAUCACACUUUAUUAUUAGAUCCAUCUAAAAUUUAUAUUUUAAAAUUCCCACCAGAAUUAAAUCGUACACUUUAUCCAAUUCAAUUAAUGAAUUUAAACAAAUUUUAUCAUCAUUUCAAUGAGAUUGAAUGUAAACGUAUUGAACAAGUUCAAUCUAUUAUGAAUGCUUAUUCAAUGAAUCCAUGGUUUAUUCUAGAAUAUUCUUUAAAACAAAUUCAAUGUUUAUCUUAUAAAAAUUUAAAUGAAAUUUUAAAAUUCAAAUAUCAAUUAUUUAAUGAUUAUUUAAAAAAUUUAAAAUUUAAAUAUUUAAAUUUUAAAAACAAACAAAAUCAAUAUAAACAAAAUUAUAUUGAUUUAUUGAAAACAAUUCAAGUAAGUAUGAUUCAUCAUUGUGAUUAA